AUGAAGGGGUGGCUCCAAAAGUGUCUACGAGAUCAUAAGCUGUGUUGUCUCAAUGAUGCAAACAAAGAAUCCCUACCAACGAGGCUGAUCGACAUGGGCAACAUUGACGGGCCCCGACUCGUUGUAUGCAAAGAGGAAGGUAUGGACAUUCAGAAAGCCCAAUAUGUCACAGUCAGUCAUCGGUGGCGUCAGGAGGGCAUGCCAAAGUUGCUUAGAUCGAACGCCGAAACUUUGAAACAGCGAAUCGACCCGACCAUUCUGCCUUUGGCUUUUCAAGACUCUCUUAUCCUAGCGAAGCGUCUUGAUAUUCGAUACAUAUGGAUUGACGCCCUGUGCAUCUUACAGGAUGACGAAAGCGAUUGGGAGAGAGAGUCAUCUAUCAUGGGCCAAGUCUAUCGCAAUGCAGUGUGCAACUUUGGGGCCUCCGCUGCGGCGAAGAAACCUGUUGGGCUGUUCAUUGAUCGAGACCCUCGAUUAGCGUCCGCGUUUUCAGUAUCCAUUCAUCGAAAAGGCCAUGAAGAAAAAUACUUUGGAUACACGGAGCAGAUGCACGAUGACGUCCUAAAGACAAAUCUCUCAGACCGUGGCUGGAUCCUGCAGGAACGUUUACUGAGUCCUCGCUCCGUUUAUUUCGGUCAACAGCUCACAUGGGAGUGUUCCGAGCUAGUAGCCUGCGAAACCUUCCCCGAAGGCACCCCUGCAACAAGAUAUCUGUCGCCGUGGGGUAGAUCUGGCUACCCCUUUAGAAUGACAAACCUGCUGCUAAAGAAUCUCAAAUAUACGCACAAGGAUGAAGAGCAACAUGAAACCAAAGAGAUCUAUCGAAAAUGGUUAUAUAUCGCCGAGGAAUUUAUGAAGUGCCGACUUACAUACGAAGACGACAGAUUUCCUGCAUUGUCUGGCCUUGCAAAAUGCUUUCAACAGGUUUUGAACGACGAGUAUGUCGCUGGGCUGUGGAGAAAUGAUCUUUUACGUGGACUGCUUUGGCGUACACGCCCUAACACUAGAAAUCUGCCACUCAAAGGUCAUGCACCAUACCCUUCGACAUAUCGUGGUAAGCCCACAAUGAUUGCAAGCCCAAAGGUCUAG